GUGCUCCCCCUUUUGACCAAAGCGGCAAACGAAACGUGAUGGAGGACAUCAUUUCCUCACUCGACUGGAGGAGUAGCGAAGUCCCUUCUCCCGGUUCCCAUAGUUCUCUACCUGAUGAUGACAUCCUUCCAUGGCAGUGUGUUAGCGAAGUAAUCCCCGGCCUUUAUCUCACCUGUGAGUCCGAAGUCGCGGACAAAAAGAAGUGCCUAGAAAAUGGAAACGCACUGGUGAUCAACAUGUGUGGGAGCCCUCAUACUCGGAAGUACCGUGUCUACGAAAAGGAUGGGAGCGAUACCUACGCGUUUCGCCGUUUUGAAUCGCAGAGCGAGUUCUACGUAGAGCUGAACAAUUAUUGCCAGGGCGCGGCGUUGAUUUCACUAGAUGCACGAAAGAUUUUCUAUGUCACAAUUUCAGCGGAAGACCUUCCGACGUACAGUAUCGAUUUGCACUUUCUCGAGUGCUCUGUGCUCAUUGAGCUAGUGUUGCGAUCACGCCAAACGGCGGAGCGGCACGACGACGCCGACUACGCAGCCGCACCUUCAGUGGUGGUGCAUUGCAUGGUUGGUGUAAGUCGCUCCGCCGCAGUUGUAAUUGCGUACAUGAUGAAGAAAUACAAUAUAUCGCGCGACGCGGCCAUCCGUUUUAUCCGCUGCACCCGACCUGUUAUUCAACCCAAUCCAGGUUUUCAGAGGCAGCUGGAGCUUUGGGAGUCGCUGGGAGGGUUUCGCAUUGCCGACGAAAUGUCCGUACAGGUUCUGUCUUCGGAGACAAAAGCAAAGGCGAACCUACUUAACGUUGUGAGCACUAUCUUACCAACGAUUCUCCGCACGAACAAGUGCGAUAAUGAACGGUGCUUUUUCGGCACCUUCAUCAAAAAUGCGUCAUCAGGCACAGACGAGCUGCACGCAGUCUACCGAGAACUGCGCUCAACCGUUACCGCGGACGUUGACUGUGAGGUGUAUACAGACAUCCCAAAUUACUUUGGCUAUGUUGCGGAGAUUGUGUGUAGUGUCGACACCACACUACCUUCUUUCAUGCAGUAUGCCAGUUUUUCGAAGCAGAUUCCUACGUGCAACGACACAUUUUAUUACCGUGUGAUGAAGGAUGUUGCUCGAUCUGGCUUCGAGAAGGACACGUUCGACACCGCGAGAGGUUUUUGUUCUUUGUUCGAGGCUAUCUAUCUGAAGCACCUUCGUCAAGUUGGAGACGGCCGACCUCGUCUCUUGAGCGAUAAAGAAGAAAGCUGCGUUUCAGUUCCCACGGGCUGCGGGCUGUCGUUUCCUUUUUUGUUUCUCGUAGCGCCUUAUGCCGAGGGCUUUGUUCAAUUCAGAGAGUGGGACGCGCUGGCUGAGGCGUUUAGCCCCACCGGUGCUACCCUGAGCGCCGAGGAAGAGUGGCAGCUUACAACCCGGGUGCUGGACAGCUUCUUCCAAUUCUUUUUCAGGUCCUCCUGCGGCUGCGCCGAGUCGACAUCCGCAACUGAAACUAAUGCGUCGGUUGAUGCGUACAGCAAACUUGCGUAUCUGCAAGAGGACAUGGAGCUAGUGACUUUUCGAAAGCUGGAGGAGUUGUGGAGAUCAAGUGACUCUAUCGCUUCCGCGGAGGUGGUCGUAUCGGCUUCCGACUCCGACGACGCCCAGAUAUUUCUUAUGCUCGUGCUGAAGGCUAUUAGCGGAAUUGUUGCGUUUCGCAUAGUUCUGGAGGCGGCAGAGCAAUUCCUGACACAGACUUAUGCUGCACGUUUGUCUGGUAGCGGAGCCGUCGCUGAUAAAAAGCUCUCGUUACCGGUGAUCUCAGCCGCCAUUACAAGUCUUGACUCCGUAUACGCUGAAAAAUACGGGUCUUCGUCCAACGUCGUGGAAUUUUUCAACCAGGAGCUUUCGGGCCUGCGUGAGAGCGGCGUGCUGAACACCUCGGGCGUUGUUUCGCUGUUUCACACCUCAUCGUGA